CUGCGCCGCCGCUGUUCGCUUAAAUCCUAAUGGUGGUGAUCGGCGCUGGAGGCCUGCGGAUUCGGCGACGCUGCAUUCCAUUUUCUGUUUCUGGGGGAGGAUAAGGAGGCGCUGUAUAAAUAGAGAUCGACGUGCUCCCCGCGUUGCGGGCGGUGAUGUGGAUCGGAGCAAUGGUGGCGCCGACGCCGCCGGUGGUGCCCUCGGAGCAGGCGCUGGCGGCGGAGACGGCGGCGAUCGUGUCCGCGCUCACGCACGUCGUCGCCAGCGGGCGCGGGCCGCCGCGCCCGGCUACGGCGAUCGUCCAGCGGCGCCGGCCAGGAACAGCUCGCCGGCGCGGUGGUGGGGCACGGCGCGGCGGCGCCGGCAAGUACCGCGGCGUGAGGCGGCGGCCGUGGGGGAAGUGGGCGGCGGAGAUCCGGGACCCGCAGAAGGCGGCGCGGGUGUGGCUCGGCACCUUCGCCACCGCCGAGGACGCCGCGCGCGCCUACGACGCCGCCGCGCUCCGCUUCCGCGGCAGCCGCGCCAGGCUCAACUUCCCCGAGGACGCCACCGCGCGCCGCGCCAGGGACGCCGAGGCGGCCAGCGCGGGGCUGCCCGCCGCGCUGCUGGAGUCGCAGGCCGCCGGAGCCGGAGCCGGCGACGACAUGGCCGACUACCUCGAGUACUCCAGGAUCCUGGAAGGGGGCGAGCCCAGCGGCGGCAUCAUGGACGGGCUCUUCGGCGGCGACGGCAACGGCCGCUUCCUGGGGUCGUGGAGCAUUGGGACGUCGCCGCCGUCAUCGGGCUCUGGCGCCGCCACCUCCGCUCCUCUGCUUCGUCACAGUGAUGGCGGGAAGCAGAGCAGCAAUGAUGUGCCGCCCAUGGAGAUUAAUUUGAGAAAUAAAUGUGUUUGUGACUAUGUUUCUGCUCAAAAGUAG